AUGUUUGGUGUCGCACAUGAUUGUUUCAACAUUUUCUUCAGCGAGACUGGAACCUACCAGCAGCUUUUUCAUCCCGAGCUGUUUAUCUCUUGGAUAGAAGAUGUUGACAACUCACAAGAGGUGAUUGUGGACCUUUACCUCGACCAUGUGAGAAAACUUGCAGACAACUUUAUUGGGAAACAAGGAUUCUUGGUGUUCGAUGAUGUUGGUGGUGGAACUGGUUCUGGGUUUGGGGUCUAUGUUGCUAAAACUUUGAAGCCUCUCUCAUAUAGUCUAGAUCUUGGUAUUGAUGCGUUGUCUUUUGAUGUGAUACCUUUCAAAAUUAGAAGAUUCAUGUCGAAGUACACACUUGGAGACAAUACAUAG